AUGUCUUUGCAGGGCCAGAACGUUCUGGUUGUGGGUGGCGCGAAGAAUCUGGGUGCACUGAUAUCUCGAACAUUGGCAAAAGAAGGCGCGCAGCUUGCCAUCCAUUACAACUCUUCCAAGACCAAGCCACAGGCAGACGAGAUCGGGGCGGAACUGAACGCUAAGGUAUAUCAGGGCGAUCUUACUACCGCAAAGGCCGUGCACAAACUGUUCCAGGAUGUGAUCAAGGACCUGAAGAAGAUCGAUAUUGUCAUCAACACGGUUGGUAUGGUCAUAAAGAAGCCAAUGACUGAGAUCACCGAGGACGAGUACGACCAGAUGUUCGCCGUUAACUCCAAAUCUGCCUUCUUCAUCACGCAAGAAGCCGCCAAAGUGGUCCAAGAUGGUGGCAAGAUCAUCAACAUUAUCACUGCCUUGCUUGCGGUAUACACACCUUACUACACCAUAUACCAGGGCUCCAAAGCCCCCGUCGAGUGGUUCACCAAGGGUCUCAGCAAAGAGCUGAUGUCAAGACGAGUCUCGGUGAAUGCUGUUGCGCCAGGGCCAAUGGAUACGCCUUUCUUCUACCCGCAGGAGAACGAUGGCUCUGUGGCCUUCUUCAAGACUCAAGCCAUGGGUGAGCGACUGACAAAGAUUGAAGACAUCGCGCCCAUUGUCAAGUUCUUGUGCACUGACGGUGCAUGGAUUAGCGGUCAGGUGAUCUUCGCGAACGGUGGAAUGGCAAGUCGUUAA